AUGUCGUGUCGACAUGAUGUUCGGUACACCGAACAGGAAUGUUUAUAUUCGCCAAGUCAUUGGUGUGCAUCAUCGAAAUCACCAAAUUUGGUGAUUGAAACAUUCAUUACCAAUAUGCGCUCAUGUUAUCAACAAAACUUACAAACAGUCCCAGUACAGGAAGCAAUUCCAUAUGGAGAUGGCAAACAAAUGAUUGAUAUUUGGGGUGAUGAAUUGAAGAGUGCUGCAGGAAUCGUACUAAUUCAUGGAGGUUACUGGCAGGAAGGAGAUCGUAAACUAUUUACGAGCCCGGUGAAAGCGCUUACCGAUGAAGGAUUUGUAGUGGCAUGCGUUGGAUAUGAAUUCGCCAUUACGAUUUGUUUAAAUGAUGUGAUAGAGCAGGUGACAAAAGCUCUUCAUUUUUUAGCAAAACGUUGGCCUUGGAAGAGGCUAUCGGUUGGAGGACAUAGUGCUGGGGCGCAUUUAGCCAUUUCUGGUAGCGCUAUUAAAGCAUUAAAGCGCACAGCGGAUGCGCAUCGAUACGAAAAAGUUGUACUCUUCUCCGGCAUUUACGAUCUUCAUCCUCUAUUGGGUACUUAUAUUGGUGAAGCAAUCAAUUUAAGCUUGGCUGAAGCUGAAAGUCUCAGUAUUGUUAACUUGGAUGAAAUCUCAGCAGAAUUGUUGGUUGUUGUUGGUGCUGAAGAAUCACCAAAGUUCAAGGAGCAAAGUCAACAUAUUGUCGAGAAUUACGUAGGAAAACGUCACAUCAUGAAUAUAUCACACUGUUACAAGAUCAUUCCGGAUGAAGAUCAUUUUACUUUGAUCGCUAGUUUGGCUGAUAAAAAUUCGGCAGCAAUUUCGCUGUCAAAGGUGAAAGAUGAACAGACGGAAAAGACGCAAUCUUCGAUGGAGAAUGUAUCGGUGGAGCGAAUGGAGGAGGAUUCGUUCGCAAAGAAAACACCGAUAAAACGUUUAGCUAAGCGAAGUACUGAGAUUCGAUUAAAAGCACCGGUAGAGAGGGAACGAGAAGAUUAUGAAACAUUUAAGGGAAUUAAACUGCCAAUGAGUGAUGCAAUGAGUGAUGCUGAUCUUGAGAAAUGA